AGGGGUUUUUGGGCUGAGUCUAGGUGUUUGUGAGGUUUUUACAGACACAAGAUGCUCACUGUCUUCCUGAGAUGAACUUGGGCAAGGAGGAACCCCCAUUCCAAGGCAUUUUCUUCUUCUUUUUUUUCCCAAACCAGGCUUUUUCAUUCGCAAGGCAUAGGCAGAUGGAGGAGGAGGAAAAGCCCCAGAGAUCCCUCACGAAGGGGGGCUGCAAACCCAGCCCAGGGAGCUGCGAGGAGGAAAGGCCCUCCCUGAGCCGGGAAGGCGGCCAGAGAUCCAGGCAGAGCUCAGAGCUGGUGGAGAAUCCUCAUGGAGGGGAGAAGCCCCACAAGUGCUUGGGGUGUGGGAGGGGUUUCAGUCGGAGCUCCAACCUGAUCCGGCACCAGAGGAUCCACACUCAUGAAAAGCCCCAUGAGUGUGGGGAAUGUGGGAAAAGCUUCAGCCAGAAAAGCUGCCUAAAGCAACACCAGAGGAUCCACACUGGGCAGAAGCCCUACAUGUGUGGGAAAUGUGGGAAGAGCUUCAUGAAUGUUUCUGUUCUGAUGCAGCACCAGGUGAUCCACACUGGAGAGCGGCCCUACACCUGCUUAGAAUGUGGGAAGAGCUAUGGGUGGAUGUCCUACCUGAAAAACCACCAGCGCAUCCACACUGGGGAGAGGCCCUAUGAGUGUCCCAAGUGUGGGAAGAGGUUUCAGACCAGCUCUGAUUGCCUCAAACAUGAGCGGAUUCACACAGAUGAGAGGCCCUUCCGCUGCCCCGACUGCGGGAAGGGCUUCAAACGCAAUUCUCAGCUAAUUGUGCACCGGCGCAUCCACACCGGGGAGAGGCCUUACAAGUGUCCUGAGUGUGGGAAGUGCUUCUCAGACAGCUCUCACUUGACCCGACACCAGCUGAUCCGGCACUACAUGGCCCACACUGGUGAAAAGCCCCAUGAGUGUGGGGAAAGUAGGAAGGGCUUUAGAGACAACUCCCACCUGAUCCGGCACCAGAUGAUCCACACUGGGGAACGGCCCUAUGAGUGUGGGGAAUGUGGAAAGGGAUUCAGAGACAGCUCUGUCCUGCUCCGGCACCAUAUUAUCCACACUGGGGAAAAGCCCUAUGAAUGAGGGGAAUGUGGGAAGAGCUUCGACGACAUGUCCAAUCUGAUAAAACACCAGCACAUCCACAGCAGGGAGAGGCCCUACGAGUGGCCCGAGUGUGGGAAGAGGUUUCAGACCAGCUCCAAUCUCCUCAGACAUGAGUGGAUUCACAGAGAGGAAAGGCCCUUCCGCUGCCCUGAGUGUGGGAAGAGAUUCAAGCAAAACUCUGACCUCACUGUCCACCGGCGCAUCCAUACUGGGGAGAGGCCCUACGAGCGUCUUGAGUGUGGGAAGAGCUUCUCACAGAGCUCUAACUUGACCAAACACCAACCUGAGGGGGUUUCCGGCACAUUUGUGGUUGGCCCAGUGCUGUGUUUGGGUUCAGGUUCCUCCCAAGGCCCCCCAGACCGGGUCAUGGCUCUCCCCACGGAGUCCCACCAACUUCUUCCCCACUGGCCCCCAAUAAACAGGACCAGCGUGGUGCCCGAGGGCUUAGUGGAGCUCGCUGGGAGCACCUUCCUCGUUUCCACUGCUCAAAGCCGUUACCGCUUGGCUGCGAUGCAGUUCUGGGGAGUUGCCGCUUCUCACGCAGCUUAA